UACCCCGCCCCGCCCCCAUGCUGGUGACAGAGACCACAGUGGGGUGGGGCUUUCGCCACCCACGUACCAGGUCGGAGCACCUGGCCUUGGCUCCGGACUGCAGCACAGACCCACGUGCGGCCUGGCUCUCAAACCAACAAUUCAAACGGCAGUCACCAAGGCUGCGGCCCACAGAGCGGUCUAGAACACCACACCUCGCGCCGUGGGACCAGGGUGCACCGUGCGGAUAAGCCCACCCCGCACACACUCAGCGCUUCUCUGAGGCCGCCGUCGGUCAGGUGUCUCCAGGGGGAAAGUCAGUGCGGCUACGUCAGCUGUGCUUUGGCGGCGCACCGGGCCCUGUGGCUGCUACGGGUCGGUCUGUACUGGCCAACGGUCAUUUCUGGCAAUGUGGCCGCACCAUGUCCAAGGCGCAGGGUCCCACAGUGCGGGCACCCACUGGUCACAGCCGCUGGUGGCCUCGGUCCCUCUCAGCUUGUGUCAGGGGCCAGGUGAGGACCCUGCCUGGGCCUGGUCUGCUGCUAGGAACACAGGACUGCGGCUGGAGGGCUUCCAGAGAAACCUUUAUUUUCGCUCACGUUCUGGUCCAAGGUCGCAGGGCUGCCUCUGGCCAAGGCUUCUUGCUGGCGGCGGAGAGGCGGUGCCGGGCAUCCACGGCCAUAGGCGGGGAGCGUGCAAGAGACCCCACUUCAGACAAUCUACAGGCCCACGGGCCGCAAGACCGGAUGCACUGAGUACACGCCAGGACAGCACCCCGGAGGCCUCUGGUCCUAACGGGCUGCCAGCGCAGCCUGUUCCCCAGGGGACAAACCACAUUCAAACCAGAGCAGGGCCCCGGGCCUGGGCCAUCCCCAGCCCUCAGCUUGCUCUGGGUCACGCAGGAAUCAGGUCUUGAGCCUCCCGAGUCCCCGCAGGGCCGUGGCUGAGAAGGGGUGCCCCACUGCCUGUGCCCAGCUCUGGCCCAGGCGUAGGCGCCGCAGCGCCGAGUGGGCAGGAGCCCAGGGGACAGCACAGCCCUGUUGCUCUCGGCCCCGCCCUCCGCUCAGGCACAGACUUACAGCCGGGGCCCCACCCUGUCCCCAGAGCAACAUCCCUUAGCAACGGUCACAGCAGACAGAGGACGCAGUGAGCGCCGGGCAGAGCAGGCAGGACUGCGGGACACACACAGGCCAGCUGCCCACAAAGCCCUGACCCGGCAUGGACACUGCGGACGCCAUUGUGGAGAAGCUCCGGGCACAGUGCCUGGCCCGAGGGGCAGCAGGCAUCCAGGGCCUGGCCAGGUUUUUCCGCCGCCUGGACCGGGAUGGGAGCCGAUCCCUGGACGCUGGGGAGCUCCGGCAGGGCCUGGCCAAGCUGGGGCUGGCCCUGGACGAGGCUGAGGCCCAGAGUGUGUGCAGACGCUGGGACCGCAACGGCAGCGGGACGCUGGACCUGGAGGAGUUCUUGCGGGCGCUGCGGCCGCCCAUGUCCCAGGCCCGGGAGGCAGUCAUUGCCGCCGCCUUUGCCAAGCUGGACCGCAGUGGGGACGGCGUGGUGACCUUGGGUGACCUCCGCGGGGUGUACAGUGGCCGCAACCACCCCAAGGUGCGCAGCGGGGAGUGGACAGAGGACGAGGUGCUCCGCCGCUUCCUGGACAACUUUGACUCCUCGGAGAAGGACGGGCAGGUGGGCAGCCGCAGGGGCCCCUUCCCCCAGGCAGUCGCCGGGGCUCGGGUGCCCCUCACAGCCUGUCUGCCACCAGGUCACGCUGGCCGAGUUCCAGGAUUACUACAGCGGCCUGAGCGCGUCCGUGGACACAGACGAGGAGUUCGUGGCCAUGAUGAGCAGCGCCUGGCAGCUGUGAGCAGCGCGCUGGCUUGGCUGUUGCCAGCCCAGGGCCUCCCGUCCCCAUGCCUCACUGGGCCGAGGCAGGGCCCGACACGGGGGGUGGGGUGGGGUGGGGGUGCUGAGGCUGCAGAACCGGCAGGACCAGGCCUCCUGCUGGGCCACUAGGGGAGCUGGAACAGGACCCCAGGGGGAGGGGCGCCCCUGCGUGCCCUCUGCCUGGAGGCAGCCUGGGGGCCCCUGGGGCACCCAGGAGGGCAGGGUGCAGUGCCGAGUUGAAUGCAGUUCCCAAACACAUCGCACCUGCAACCUUACAUAAAUGUUUCAGAAACAUGG